AUGGCGUUCUUAAGAACCGGAAGCGGAAGCGGAACACUAGACGUGACGCAGCUGGCCGCGCAGCGCGAGCAGGAGAUGGUGCAGCGGUGGCGGUGGCAGCGGGAGCAGGAGGGGCCGUUGGAAAAGGUGGUGGGUGGGGUGCUGAAUCGUCUGCUGCCAGACGCACCUGCCAUGGCCGCCCGGGCUGACAUUGUUGCAGUGCUCACCCAAGCUAUUCGCGCCGAGUUUCGUGCCGGGCGUCUGAUUCCCUUCGGCUCGUACGAGAUGGGUUUAUCAUCCAACACUUCAGACCUCGACCUGUCAAUGGAGGUUUCUCCGCCGCCGUCUCUCGCUCCCUCGUUUGCUGUGGGCAUGAUGGCCGAGCCGCGCACGAGGGAUGCCAAGAUAGCUGUGCUGCGCCGCGUGGCAGCAGUGAUUCGGAGAAUGGAAAGAGCGGGUCAGGUGGAGCGGGUGGAGGUGGUGUUUCGGGCCAUCGUACCGGUGGUGAAGUUUGUCCACUCGCGCUCACUCGUGGAGUGUGAUAUCUCCGUGGCCAACCGCGACGGCUUCUUCAAGUCCCGCUUCAUCCGCUUCGUCUCCUCCAUUGACCCGCGCUUCAAGCACCUCUGCUUCCUUGUGAAGGCGUGGGCACGCAACGAGGCCAUCAACGACCCUCGCAACGGCACCCUCAACUCCCUUGCGCUCAUCCUCCUCUGCGCUCUGCACCUCCAGACUCGCUCUCCCCCAAUCCUGCCGCCUUUCAAAGACAUCAUGGGCCCCUUUCCAGAGCCUCUGACCAGUGGGCGUGACGCUGUCCCCCUGCCAGAGCAGGAGCUAAUGGAUCGGCUGGCACAUGCGGAGGGCAGGGCAGCACAGAUGGCGGAGCAGGGCUAUGGGAAGCGGAACACGGAGUCUCUGCCGCACCUGCUAGCUUCCUUCUUUGUUCAGAUGGCAGCACAGGAGGACCUCUGGGCGCACACGCUAUGUGCCAGUGUGUACGAGGGAAGGUGGAUACCGCGAGACUUCCCCCAGGAGAAUCAUGUUACUGUCAUGGCUAGGACUUUUACCACCGGGCAUCCAACUGUGCGCACACCAUUCGCCCCAAGGAGUUCACCAUCAUCUCAGCCGCAUUCUCCCUUCUCCCCGCUCGCGCUUUUCUUUCCACCUCGUCCCCUCACCUCCUGCCCACCACAGAUAGAGGACUUCUACCACCGCUCGUCCAACUGUGCGCGCACCGUGCGUCCCAAGGAGUUCAUCACCAUCUCAGCCGCCUUCUCCCGUGCUGCCCAAGCUGUCAUGGACGCCCCUUGCCCGCCCCCCUCCCUCUCCUCCUCCUCCUCUCUCGUCGACCUCCUCUUCGGAUUCUCCCCGGUUGAUCUGGAGGAUUCGGGGCUGGGAUGGAAUGGGGAUCGAUUUGCUGGAAGGGGGGCUGGAAUGCAGGUGGGAGGGAGGCAAGGCAGAUGGGACGAGGAUCGGUGGAAUGGUGGGGAGAGGGGGAUUGGAGCAGGUGCGGCGGAGGAGCGAGGUGUGGGGGAUAGGUGGAGGGGUGUGGUGGAGGAGGAGGAGGAGGAUUGGAGGACGCGGCCUGUGUCUGACUAUGUGUCAAGGGAGUCUACGGGACGGAAGGUGGCUCGCACUUCAGAUUACCAUCGCUCGGCCAACAUGCACCGAAGCGACAACCACCAUGUGCCUGCCGCUGCCUCUGCUGCACCUCUACAAGGCGCAUGGGCAAUGCGCCAUGCACCCACUCACGAGCAUCACACUCCUAAUCUCGGGACUUUCCGUCCUUUAGCAACAACACCUCCCGCUCCUCACGAGUCUGUUGGUCACAUUGCUGCGAGAUCCUAUGCGAUCCCUCACAACCUGCCAGCAGGUGCGGUGCUGCUGCAGCACCAUGUGGUUGCGGCACGCCCAGGAGGCGGGUAUCUCACUUCACAACAAACACUCCAGCAUGGACAGUUGCAGCAGCAGCAGCAGCAGCAGCAGCAGGCGGCACGGUACGGGCAGCAGUUGCCGUUUCCCAUGCAUCUGCAGCAGUCCGUUCCAGUGCAGCAGUCGAUUCAGUUUCGGCAGCAGCUUGGCGCGCUGCCCAUGCAGGUCCUGGCAGCACAGGGGGCUCUGGCUCCACCUUUAGAUCACCGCGGCCGAUACACCCGUCAGUAG